GACGGGCUCGCUACAGUGUACGCGGGCAAGGCAGGCAGGCCAGGCACACCGUUGUUGUCAUUCUGAGCAUUUGUUUGCUGCUCCUGGUGGGCGUGCGUGCGUCCGUUCGUUCGUCGUUUAACCCGCGAUGUGUACGCGCGAAUUAAUCAUCCGUCGUUUCAAUUAUCAACUGUCGUGAAGUGGCCAUCACGCAGGCCGUCGUCUUGCAACAUCACCGCCGCUGAGUCGAUAACCGCCGGCCGCAGUUGUUUACGACCCGUCUUUUUAAAGAUGGAAUGUCAAAGGCAUCACGACGGUAAAAACGAUUCUGUGGAUCGCACCGAGCUAAUGGAAAUCGUCCAUAGGAAAACAUGAUUUUCGUCGUCCGUUUUAUAGUAGAAAAUAUAUUUUUAUGUUUCUCGAGUUAUUUUAAUUUUUGUUACUUGUAAAAAAAAAAAGAAUCAAACUUAAUACUAGUAAAAAUGUCUCCGGUGGAAAAAGACCAAACGCUCACGUCGAGCUCGUUGGGAAGUUCCAUGAAUAAAAUACCACAUUCGCAAUCCACACCCGGCGUAUCCGGUUCGAAGACUCCACCGGCGACGCCUCGAAGAGGCGGGAAAAUGCUCAACGUGCGCAUACAAAUGCUCGACGAUUCUGUCACCCUCUUCCAAGUGCAGUCCAAAGCUGACGGGUCGGUGCUAUUUGAACAAGUUUGCAAGCAGUUGAAUCUCCUUGAAGCAGAUUACUUUGGUCUGGAAUAUCAAGAAGGUUCAACUAAACAUUGGCUUGACUUGGAAAAACCUUUAAACAAACAAAUAGGACUGUCGCUGGUGGAACCCUUGAUGAGGUUUUGCGUCAAGUUCUACACGCCUGACCCUGCUCAAUUGGAAGAGGAGUACACCAGAUAUUUGUUUUGCUUACAAGUGAAACGAGACUUGUCUCACGGGCACAUGCAAUGUAACGAUAAUACGGCCGCUCUAAUGGCAUCUUAUAUAGUGCAAGCUGAAUGUGGUGAUUAUUCUGCGGACGAUUAUCCAGACCACACUUACUUAUCAUCACACAAGUUUGUUCCUCAUCAAGAUAGAGAAAUGGAAAUUAGAAUAAUGGAAAGUCAUAAAAGACAUAUAGGACAAUCUCCAGCAGAAGCAGAUUUGAAUUUAUUAGAAACUGCUCGUAGAUGUGAACUUUACGGUGUCAAAAUGCAUCCUGCAAAGGAUCCCGAAGGCGUGCCUUUAAAUCUUUCAGUUGCUCAUAUGGGCGUCCUAGUGUUUCAAAAUUAUACAAAAAUUAACACGUUUUCUUGGGCGAAAAUUAGAAAAUUAAGCUUUAAGAGGAAAAAAUUUCUCAUUAAAUUGCAUCCUGAAGGAUAUGGCUACUUCAAGGACAUUGUUGAAUUCAUUUUCGAAACAAGAAAUGACUGUAAAAGUUUUUGGAAGAAAUGUGUUGAAAAUCAUGGAUUCUUCAGAUGUUUCACCGUCAAACGUUUGCCUCGGCAAAGAACCAAAGUACUCAGUAGGGGGUCUUCAUUUAGAUACAGUGGUAAAACUCAAAAACAAAUGGUAGAAUUUGUGAGGGAAAACUUUGUUAAGCGUCAAACAUUCCAAAGGUCUCAAUCAUUUCGGCAUACUGGAUUGUCACAUUCUACUAUAUCCAAUGUUGGUUCCAGUAUUUCAGCACAUCCUUUAUUACCCCUCGCAAAUUCGGAAGCCACGAGCCUAGUGGAUUCUCCGAGUCCGAACGCAGUCCGUCGCCAGGUGGCGCCUGGGGAGGUGUCGAGUGCUCAAGCUGUACAUCCGACGACAGUGACGACGACCACUUCGGACAUCACCUCCAUCACUUCGUCCCAGCGGUCGUACAGCGUCAACGAUCCAGGUGAUACGCCGGAAGAAGUGGACUCGCCGUUCAAAAAGAUCAACGGUUCAACAUCGUGUUUAUCAACCACAUCCGCCAGAGAAAACGGCUUGACGACGGUGGCAUCAUCGACGCCGAAGAAUCACAUGUCCAACGGAUCGUUGGGAAACAUAAACUCUGACAUUUACAACAAUAUUACCACAAUUAUCAACACGACCAAAGACGAUACAUCGCCGAAGCACGUGGAAGUCAACACCGACACCAAACGUAAACGGCCAACAGACAGGGCCUAUUUUAUCACCAAAGAAAUUUUAAUGACUGAGCGCACUUAUAGAAAAGAUUUAGAAGUGAUCAAUUUUUGGUUACGCGAUGAGAUGAGUAAAGAAGACGACGAAAUGGGACCGGUCGAAGCCGUGAAUAUGUUGUUGCAUUUGAUUGAUCCAAUUUAUGAUGCACACUCCGCUUUUUUGAAAGAUAUAGAAAUGAGAUUAAACAGUUGGGAACCGCCGUGCAUCGCCGACGUUUUGUUACAACAUUUUAGCCACUUAGAUUUGUAUGACCAUUACUUGGACGAACAUUUGAAUGUUCUCGAAAAAAUUGACCACACCUAUCGUACCAACAAGAAAUUUGAAGCAUUUUACAAAGACUUUGAAAUGGAAAAAGUCUGUUACUUGCCGUUGUCUGCGUUUGUACUAAAACCCCUUCAAAGACUGCUUCAUUAUUCGCAUUUAUUAGAAAAAUUAAUAAGGCAUUACAGCCCUUCGCAUCUCGACUACAACAAUUGUCUCGAAGCUCGGAUUAAAUUGUUGAAAGUGACCAAGAGAUUGCCGAGCGCCCUUAGGAAAUCUGAGAACUUUGUGCAGUUGUGCGAACUGGAAAGAGACAUGAUCGGAAUCGAUACGUUACACGAUCCGGGACGAGAGUUUGUACGACAAGGGUGUUUGACCAAGUUUUCUCAGAGAAAAGGUUACCAACAGCGCAUGUUUUUUCUGAUGUCUGAUAUGUUGUUUUACACGGCAAGGGUCGGCCACAUGUUCCGCGUCCACGGCCAGAUAUCCCUCAACGACCUCGUUGUUGAAGAACGAACUGACAAUCCGACCCAAUAUUCUUUUUCCAUCUAUUCAAAUAACAGAGUUAUCACCAUUGCGGCAAACAGCCAAGAAGAAAAAGACAAAUGGCUGGAAGACAUCGCCGACAGUGUACAAUCAUACAAAGGGGAACGUACGACGCACAUCGAACCGCCGAGCAUUUAUUUGAGUUUGAAGUCUUGUAGUUCGUCCGACGAUAUGAUGAGCAACAACGGUGACUGUAACGGAGUGCUAUCCGAAUUAAAUAACAAAACUCCUGGCGGCGUGCAAAGAAACAACACAACCGUUCAUGUGUGCUGGCAUCGAAACACCAGUAUCGGGAUGGCCGACCAUCUUAAAGCGAUCGAAAACCAGUUGAGCGGUUUUUUGUUACGUAAAUUCAAAAACAGUAACGGCUGGCAAAAGUUGUGGGUUGUGUUUACCAAUUUUUGUCUUUUCUUCUACAAAUCCUUCCAAGACGACUCACCGUUGGCCAGUUUGCCUUUGCUUGGCUACAGUGUGUCCAAACCCAACGAAAAAGAUUCCAUUCAGAAGGAUUUCGUUUUUAAAUUACAAUUCAAGAACCAUAUCUACUUUUUCAGGGCCGAGAGCGAAUAUACAUUUGGAAGGUGGAUGGAAGUGAUUGGUAGCGCGACACAAAAUUCAGGUCGUAUGAGACUGUUUAGCCGCAAAGACAGUGAUAACAAUAACACCGGUUUAAUAGUCAAGUGAAAAAAUUAAAAUCAAAAAAACUGUUUUAUUAUUGUAAUUUUUUUUUUUUUUUUUUAUGAAUUAUAAAUCACGAGACAUAGCUGUUAAGGACUUCUAGUUAAUUUAGUUAUCGAAAAACAAGUUUACACGUAACUAAUCCAUCCGUUUCAUUCCUCCCAUUAUUUUAUUAUAUGUUAAUAUCGUCUCUCAUGAUUUUUAUCGUAUAAUCGUUAUUUAUAAUAUGUAAUUAUUUUUACUCUUCACUAUUUAUUUAUUUUACUAUCUAUUUAUAAUGUGUAAUGUUAGAAAUCAUUAUAAAACGUUUUUAAUAGAUUUCUUGCGAUUUUUGAAUAACAUAACAACAAUAAU